AUGAGCCAAUCUUCCCUGAUGAUCCGUAAUGGCGGCUCCUCCUCUGGCGCCCACCGUACUAAGCACUCUGAUGAUGAUAUCAUCAGAAUCCUGGACUGUGAUAUCAAUGUUGCAAAGGAGCGUUUCAAACUGACACUCAUUGGGAGAGUUUUUCACCUUCGUGGUCGAAGCAUAGAUGCUCUGAUCAAUCUCCUCCCCCGAUCUCGGAUCUGGAACGUCGAAGGCAGGGUCCGAGGAAUAAACUUUGGGAAUGGCCGGUUUCAAUUCGAUUUUGACAAUGAAACGGACCUAAUGAUGGUGCUCUACAAGAGGCCAUGCCAGUUCAACCAAUGGAGUUUUGCUUUGGAACGCUGGGAACCCUUUACCAGCGAAAACUUUCCAAACACUAUCCCCUUUUGGAUUAGCCUUCUUGUUGAUGAAAAGAAGGCAAGGAUCCAAGUCUCAAUUGAUGCUGAUCAACCUCUGAAGUUUGAGGGCAGAAUUGGCUUCCCAAACGGAUAUAUUGGAAAGGUUUCUCUAAGCUACGAAGAUCUUCAUCGCUACUGCUUCACCAGCAACCUCAUCUCCCAUGAUGAGAACACCUGUCCACAGCUAACACCUGCAGAAAGGGAGUUCAAAAAGAAGCAGAGAGCGGAGAGCCAGGCCAACAACGAUCGAGCUCGCCUCCCUAUUCAAGGCUCGCAAAUGUACAACACAAGAAACCCCCUUAAAAGGCCUCGAUCCCCUGUACAUGGGAGAAACACCAGCCCCGUGGUUGCGUCACGAAGCAAUGAACUACUCUCAGAAGAUAAAAUAUGA